UCUGUGUGACUGGCUCACUACAGUGCGCCAGCAUGGGGCAGCUGCUGCCCCCAGUGGCUCUGCUGCUUCUAGCCUCAGCUUCCUCGCGGGCUGUGGAUGUCCCCAAGGCAGUGGUGAUCCUGGACCCUCCGUGGGCCAGCGUGCUCAAGGACGACCAUGUGACUCUCAAGUGCCAGGGGCCCCACCCUGCUGGGGACAACACCACACAGUGGCUGCACAAUGGGAGCCUCCUCUCCAGCCAGGCCCCCGCCUACACCAUCACAGCUGCCAGGGCUGAAGACGGGGGCGAGUACAGGUGCCAGACGGGCCUGUCCUCGCUCAGCGACCCAGUGCAGCUGCGUGUCCAUCUCGGCUGGCUGGUGCUGCAGGCCCCGCGGUGGGUGUUCCAGGAAGGGGAGCCCAUGCAGCUGAGGUGCCACAGCUGGAAGAACAGGAACCUGCACAAGGUCACCUAUCUCCACAAUGGCAGAGGCCUGAGGUAUUUUCAUCAAAAUUCCGACCUGCACAUUCCAGAAGCCACGCGCAACCACAGUGGCUCCUACUUCUGCAGGGGCCUCAUCGGGCACCACAACGUGUCCUCGGAGACUGUGACCAUCACUGUUCAAGGUCCAGUAAAUCCGGUCGUCUCGUCCUCCGUUCUCCCGUGGCACCAGAUCGCCUUCUGCCUGGUGAUGGGACUCCUGCUUGCAGCGGACACGGGGCUGUACUUCUCCGUGCAGAGAGACCUCCGGAGCUCACAUAGAGCCAGGAAGGAGCACACACUGGGAAAGAGCCUGGGCUCUCAGGACAAGUGACCCCUGACCCUGGGGGAAAUGAAAGGGCGGUGGCAGCAGAGCUCCCAAUGUCCCCCUGAGUUUGCCAUGUUCUCAUCCCCACCCGGCAUCUCUGCCAGCAGCAGGAAGAGACCCGCAGGGCCCUCCCCAGUGGAAGGAAGAGGCCUGUGAUCUCCAAGUGCCAACAGUGAUGCCCGGGGGACCCAAAUCUCAGAGAUUCACGAACCCUCUGUCCAGCCCAACCACUCCCUCACAGCAAAUCAGCUCUGGAUGGUGACCCUUUAAAUGCACAGAAGUCGGUGCUGGCCCUGUGGCUCAGUAGGUUAAACCUCUGCCCGCAGCCAUCCCAUGUGGCCGCACGUUCUAGUCCCAGCUGCUCCUCUUCUGACCCAGCUCUCUGCUAUGGCCUGGGAAUGCAGUGGAAGAUGGAUGAAAUGCUUGGGCCCCUGCACCUGUGUGGGAGUCCCAGCUCCUGGCUCCUGGCUCUAGAUCAGCUCAGCUCCGGCCAUUGUGGCCAUCUGGGGAGUGAAUCAGUGGAUGGAAGACCUUUUUCUCUCAUUGUCUGUAACUCCACCUCUCAA